AGUAGAAAUGCGACUGCUGGCAUGCUUCCUCCUCGAGCAAAUAUAUCAAAUACACGCAGCAAGUGACAUCCGAUCCGCCCGACUCGUAUUACGCCUUCGCAUUCCAAAGCUACGCUAGGUAUCCGCGAUGCCGUUGAAGAUUGCAGGCAGUUCGUACAGUUGAUCCGGCGAUGGGAAGUGCCGAGAAUCGGAGUCGUGGAGAUUCCUCGCUGUCAUGAAGGAACGCGCACGCGAUUUGGGCGUGUGCGCAUGCGUGGUUGCCUGUGUGGAGCCCCAUGGAACGAACGGCUCACUGAUCGCGAUGGCGGGUCCGGCGCAAGACGGAGACAAACUUUUAAAAGGCUCUAAAAUAUCAGUUAUUGUAGAGGAGGCUUUAAUCGAUGUCAUUAUAGUCUCUUUUAACUAUGGUGGCAAGGUAUUUCAAGGCGCAUUGCUAGACGUCACGAAAAAGAAUAUUCCCUUUGGCAUCAGCCCUUGGGGUGGACUAGAUCAAGAUCAAAGGGGCAGCAGCACGCGAACGCUCGCUGAAGCUGUGGCGGAAAGAAGUGACAAAUUUCAUGCACUAAAGCAGAGACACACCUACUUCCAAGAAAAGCCCAAUGAUGAACUCCCUGUGCCAAGUCGAUCGUGGGCGAAGUCGCGCAAAUCAACAGGGCGCAACAGCCGUGACCAAAGUGUGCGCAUGCGGCGGCUACGCCCGAGACAGGUGCUUUGCUCACAUUGCCGGGCAAUCUGCAAUGAAAAUUCUGAGAAUGUGCAGCUUUCAAGUGUUAAAAAAGAGUCACCUCCUGUACUUAGCUCAGUUGGUUGCUUGCCUGUUUCCAAAUGUGAACCUGACGUUCCAGCACGUAUUCCUUCAAAAACUGGAGUUGCAAAUGACGAGGACACUAUGAUCAUACAGACAUCCCCAUCUCCUCGAACUGAGGAGUCUCCAAGGCCAAAGCAUGCUGUCUAUGCCAGUGUGGCCGAAAGCCUUGACUUAAAAAAUGCCCAGCUGCCAACCCAGGCUGGAGCAGAGGAGUUUCAAUCUAAAAGCGAGUAUCAGGCUGUCGCCCUAAUGCCUCCUGCAAUCAAUAGAAUGAUAUUGCGCAAGCGCAAGUGGAAUGAUGCUGAAGAUCUUCCACGAAGCAGCACAGACCCCAUGGAACUGGCGACGCCACACAACAAGCUCGUUCCGGUUCGAGCUGCCCUGACGAAAACCAGUCCAGUGAUUAAGAUCUCAUUUGCGAACCCUCAAGGGAAAGGCACAGUUGUCAAAAUCCCAGCCAAACUCCAGUCCACAGGUGCCAGCGACACAGAUGGAGACAGCAGCAUAGAGUGCUCGCCUGUGAGACCUAGAGACACAAGUAGCGCCCGGGCUGCCAAGAAGGCUCUCAAGAAGGCUCACAGGGACCACCACAAAGGUCCUGCUCUUGCUCCAGCUUCUCCAAGCCUAGCAAAGCACAAGGUCAAGCAUCACAAGCACAAACUGAAGCGUAAACGGAGACAUCGUGAGCCGCCGCCUGAUGAGCCACGGAAUGAUGUAGAGAACAGCCCUAACUAUGGGCUGGAAGGUAACGAAGUUGUGGAACCAGCUGAAGGCUUACUGGAAGAAGGGCGUUCUCACAAGCUGUCCAUCAGCCUGCGGCGCUUGGGUGCUAAGGCAUACAUGAGGUGCAGCCCAAAGUAUGACGACCUUCUCGCCAGUAGUGGUUCCGGCAGCGAGUGUGGUGACGUACCCGAGUUCCCCAUACUAGAUCCGUUGCGUGAGAUGGACAAAGUGAAGCCGCUCAUGAUGCGCAUCAGCACACACAAUGUUAAGCGCUGCACCCUUGAUGGGGGCCGCGAAAUGGCGGUGGGUGACAUAGUUUGGGGCAAGAUCCAUGGUUUCCCGUGGUGGCCCGGCAAAGUGCUGGCCCUGAGUGUGUCACAACGUGACAAUGGAGCUGCCAUCAACCAGCAGGCCCAUGUUGCCUGGUUUGGCUCGUCCACCUCAUCCUACAUGCCAUGCCACCAGCUGAGCCCCUUUCUGGACGACUUCAAGGCUCGUUACAACAAGAAAAAGCGGGGCCCCUACAAGGAAGCCAUCAGGCAGGCCACACUGGAGGCCGCUGCCUGCCAGGAACUGCCCCCAGAGUUGGCUCUAAUCUGAACCUCAUUGCUGGGCCAUUGAGGGUCGUAAAGCACCACCCCCGUCCCGUUUUUACUUGGCUGCAAUCAUUGCUGAUUUCUCUCUGCAAGUCCGCUGCAUAACAGGGUAUAGAAUGUGAUUCAGGGGUAAUCUUGAAUCAUUGCAGUAUACACAUAUAUAUAUAUAUAUACAUAUAUAUAUAUAUAUAUAAACGUGUUACAUAUAUAUAUAUAUAUAUAUAUAUGUAAAUAGGCUCUAUUUUUGUUUGCCGGAGAAGUAGCAUUUGCUACAAUGCACCACUGGCUCUGGGCAGGUUCCGUGGUUUCUAGUCACGAGGGCAUAUGCCAUUCACGGGCAGCAGGUGCUGCCCCUCUCCGGUGGGCCCGCUGGUCCGAGCAGUUGUAAACUUGCUGCGGAAUUUGUCACUUGCAGCCAUUUCCCAAAGUGAGGAUGUCGAGUGCCUUUUCAUCUCUUUCAAGCGUUUUCUGGGCCUGACAUUUGGCCUCACUUAAGUCAUAGUUUUGUGCAGUAAUUUGCUUUUUUUUUCAUAUUGUUUGUUUUCAAGCCUGUUUCCAGGGAGGCUAAUGUAAAGCUGUGUUAAUCAAUGAUGUUUGCUGUACUCCACUUUUCUACAGGUAAUGUUUCUUUAUGCGGUACUUUCGUUUCAUCCCUCCUUGACUGCCAUGUUUAUACCUGUGUAUUUGACAUUCUCUUUGUAUUCUUGAGUGUGUUGUGCUAUAGAAGCUUCUUUGUGUGCCAUUUCUGCAUUCAUUGUAAAGUUCAUUUUUUGUGAAUCACUGCUUUUGGUGUACUAUAGACCUUAUGCAAAAUUGCUGCCAUCUGUCGGCCGUCGUGUGCAUACUGCCAUGUUAGCGGCUCGAGCGUAGCGCAGUAUGCACAGUCCGUGUGUGCGUAUGUAUACGUAAGGUGUAUUGACGUGAGGCGUCUAUUGGCUGAUAAUCGCAACGCCGACGUUAAUGAGCACUGACAUUGCAGAGCACACGAGCCUCAAGCAUUUUUGCCUCCAUCAAAAUGCUGCGCCCGGGAUCGAACCCGCGACCUUAUAAUCAUAUGGUGGUUUCGGUUAAACCCCACAUAUUAAUUAAUUAUUGAGUGUGCCGAGCACAUCGAAUACUUGAAAAACGUUAACAGUCAUGCGCAAGUCAUUUCACUAAACGGCAGCUUGUCGCACUCCAAAAGAGAAAACGAAAAAAAAAAAAAAAAACAUGAAACAAAGAUGCUUGAACACCGUAGCUCCCUUCUCAGAAUGAAUUGAUGAUGCACUCUUGCUUUUUUUCAGCGUGUGCCUUUACUGAAACGUAAUAAACAAAACAUAUUAAAUGAAUUGUUGGCGCAAUAAAGCUCGUUGCGUAAAGGUGGCUUCUGUGUAAAUUGUACGAGCAACCUUCACUUGGUAAAUGGUUGCUAGCGAAAACGUUGCAAAAACUGCCUUGCUUCGGCGUGCAGCAAUUUAUGGGAACACGAAUACAAAUGCUAUUGCACGUCUUACUUACUUAAAAAGGAGAACGCAAACUUGUGUUUCGGGACAGUAGCCGGAGCACACGCUGGAAACAUCAUCAGCUUGAAAAAAUAACAAGGGGCAAAGUUUACGGCUCAUCUUUCUUCAGCAUUCCAAGUUCCUCUCUGUGUGCAGCAAGGGACGCAGCAAUAUGCUGGCAUUGCGAUUAUCUGCCAAUACACGCCGCGCUCGAGUCUCUAGCAUGGCGUUAUGCACACAAUGGCUGACAGGUGGCAGCAAUUUUGCGUAAGGUCUAUACUCCUAAUUCUCACAUGGUAACUUACAACCCAGUGCUCAAACUAGUGUCAUCUGUCAUCAGAACCACUUGUCACUACCAAGGUAAAGGAAGGUUGUGCAUUAGAUUUUAUAGAAAACAUGUUCAGCGUAUCCUGAAGUAUGCAUUUUUUCUGCAAUAGUACAACCAAAACAGCCGAUCCUGCAGCUAUCUGGGGCGCCUCGUGAAAGAGCUUGGAGAUUGCUAGGGGAAACUGUUGGGAGUUGUCUUUUACUGCCAUCGAUUCAGAUUGGUGUUCUGGCAUUGGUCAUGAGAAAUUCUGGUAGUGCAUUCAAUGUCUGUUUUGUGCUUUUUGCCCGGAGGCUAUCUAUCGGGCACUGCAGCCAUUUAUGCCUAAUGAACUUUACAAGAGCAAGAAGUGACUGAUGACCCGUACUGAUAUUCUGUAAUUUGCGCAGACGAUCUUGUGUGCAGCUCCUGUGAAGUUAAUCAAGAAUGUGUUGAAGCAAGUGUUUUCCCAAAGUCGUGCUUGCAUGUCUUUUGAAACCAUUGGCUUCCAAAACUGACGAUUAGAAAAACCUGUUGGUGGUAGCAGCUGCUGCAUGUAGCAAAACUGUUCACCUGCUAGUUCAAAAGGGUUGCCUCAGUUAAUUGUGGAACAGUUUUUUGGAAAGGGACUGGCAUGCCAAGUACCCAUUGAGUUCCAUCUGUUGGUGCUUGUGGUAGCCACCCUUUAGUGUGCAUCAAUACAUUAGGUUGGCUGGCCCCUUUGGUGUAAGUUGAAAUGUUACUGUUGUGCAUUUUGAAAAGUGUGUUAAGGUGGACAUUUCGAAGCAGUGUGUCCUUGGACUGAAUGCAAUUGGGCAGUAGUCCUCAUGCAACAAAGCUGGACCGCAGCAGACUCGUGCAUUGUGUGAUGGCCCCUACUGUGAUGACGAUGUUGACCUCGACUGAUGUAAAGCUGUAUGUCUCCUGCGUUGCACUGACUGUGAGGGAUGCCAUGGUUGAUUUCAUGACAAUUCACAUUGCAGGUAUGUUUGACCUUUCCGGUGUGCACAGGCUGUGUGUGUGUGCUCUUAGAGGUAAUCUCAUUGUAAAAAUGUGUACAACAGGUACAAGUGCUUGAAAAAUAAAGACUGUAUUCACUUGGAACAGUUUGUCCCAGG